AUGAUUUUCGACCCGCGCAUGGCCGCUGCUGCUGCUUUAUUAAUGUCUUCUUCUCCGCCUAAUUCUAAUAAUAAUAAUAAUAAUUCUUUUUGUGAUCAAUUAAAUGUAAAUGGACUUUUUGCUUCUAAUACAACUGGUCAGAAAUUAAUUUUAUCGCCGCCGCUUUCAAUUAAAUCAGAAAAUGCAAAUAAUGCUAAUAGAAUAUCAACAAAACAUUUCCCAACUUGUUCUGAUCCAUAUUUACAACAACAACCAGCAUUAAAAACAUCGUUAUUAAAUGAAAAAAGUUCUUUUCGUAUAGAAACAAUUAUUUCAAACAAAGAAACGCAACAACAAAAUUCUGAAGAAAAAGCAGAAGAAGAGAAGGGGGAGGAGGAGGAAUUAGUGGAACGUAAAAACAAAAAUAAAAACAAUUUUUUAUUUUCUUCCUUCCAACAACAACAACAACAAUUUGUUUCAGUUCAAAAUUUACUUGCCCAAAUGACUGGGGGAAUACAACAACAACCUCCAGGAAUGAUGUUAAUGUUGGAUAAACAAUUUGUACCUUCUAAUGCUUUUAAUUUGGCAAAUGGGGAGGAUAAUGAAGGUAAGGGGGAAAUUUAA